AUGGCAUCAGCAGUUUCUGAAGUUGUAUGGCUGCUUGGUUUGUUUUCAGAAUUAGGAGUAUCCAUUGUGCAAUCAAUCUCACUGUUUUGUGACAGCAAAGCAGCAAUGCAAAUAGCUGCUAAUCCUAUCUUCCACGAACGGACUAAACACAUUGAGAUCGAUUGCCAUUUCAUUCGAGAACACAUCAAAAGAGGACUGGUCACUACUCAAUAUGUGUCAUCUAAGGAUCAGCAAGCUGAUCUUCUCACAAAAGGAUUACCUUCAGGGCAACAUCAUUUUUUACUAGGCAAGCUGGCUAAAAUUGAUCUUAUAGAAGGAUUUCCCCCUCCUACCACUGUUAAAGAUAAUUGCAGGAAUGCAUUUGAAAUUCUCAAGAAACAAUUGACUAAUGCUCCAAUUGUUGUUUCUCCUGACUGGAGCCAACCCUUUGAAAUAAUGUGUGAUGCAAGUGAUACAGCAGUAGGAGCGAUAAUGGGACAAAAAAGAGACAAGAUUUUCAGGCUUAUUCACUACGCAAGAACAAAGGUUACAAUUUAUACUGAUCAUGCAGCUUUAAAAUACCUUUUAGCAAAGAAAGAUGCUAGACCCAGAUUGCUAAGAUGGAUACUCCUUUUGCAAGAAUUCAAUCUUAAAAUAAAAGACCGAAAAGGUUCUGAGAAUCAGGUAGCUGAUCAUUUGUCUCGUUUGGAAAAUCCUCCUACCAAGAUAAAAGAUAUCAAAGAGGAAUUUCCUGAUGAACAUAUAUUUUCAGUCACAACCGUUAUAAAUCGACCACCGUGGUUUGCUUAUAUUGCCGACUACUUGGCUGGAGGAUGGAUUCCAAAAGAUUUUUCUUAUGAACAAAAGAAAAAACUUAAAAAAGAAGCAAGACAUUAUUACUGGGAAGAUCCUUACUUGUUUAAAUUUUGUGCAGAUGACAUAAUCAGGAGAUGUGUACCGGAGACAGAAAUGAACAACAUCUUAAGUCACUGCCAUGAUGGGGCUACAGGAGGACACUAUGGCGGAAGAAGGACAGCAGCUAAAGUACUUGAAGUUGGAUUUUUCUGGCCUACUCUAUUCAAAGAUGCAAGGAAUUAUGUCGCCACUUGCGAUAAAUGCCAGAGAAUCGGAACUCCAUAUCAUGCUCAAACAAGCGGGCAAGUAGAAGUUUCCAACAGAGAAUUAAAAAGAAUUUUAGAAAAAGCUGUUGGUUCUUCUCGAAAAGAUUGGUCUUUAAAAUUGGAUGAUGCUUUAUGGGCAUACAGAAUUGCUUAUAAAACUCCCAUAGGCACAUCUCCUUAUAGACUAGUUUUUGGGAAAACUUGUCAUUUACCCGUGGAAUUAGAACAUAAAGCAUAUUGGGCUAUAAAAUUGUUGAAUCUAAACUUACCAGAUGCAAAUAAAAAUCGUUUAUUGCAGCUUGAUGAGUUGGAAGAGUUAAGACUUAUAGAAUAUGAAAAUGCUAAAUUGUACAAGGAAAAGACAAAAAGGUGGCAUGACAAGCUCAUCCGCCAUAAAGAUUUUAAAGUUGGAGAUCAUGUUCUGUUGUACAAUAGGAUUGAGAUUAUUCCCAGGAAAGUUUAA